AUGCGGAUGCCCGCCAACGCGAACGCCGUCGCCGUCACCGUCGCAGCCGACAACCGGCCGGCCGCCGCCACGGCUGCUGCUGCUACCGAGACUACUCCUCCUCCCGCUCCCGCUUCUGCCCCCGAGACUCAUCGGCCUGCUUCCGCCGCCUCUGCUGCCGUCGCUGCUGCUCUUCCUCCUCUUCCGCUGGCCCCCUCCUCCAUGCCGUUGGCGUUGUCUCGCGCGUCGCGCCAUGACGCCGCGCUUGUUGGCGGCCGCCUCGAACCUUAUUCCUUCGCCUCCCAUCAUCCUCCGCCGCCGCCAACCUACUACCGUCGGUUGGCCGCGGCUCCAGGCCCGGGUCCGGGUCCAGGUCCAGCUUCAGCUCCAACGCCAACUCCAGUUGCUCCAGCUGCUAUCACGUCCUCCGCCGCCCGUCAUGGCACGUUCGGGUUCCCUCCGUCGCCCUCACCAACCCCCUCACACCCCAACAGCUUCAACAGCCUCAGCAGCCAUGAUAGGAACCACAGCAGUUCAAACUUCACCAGUACUGGCAACAGCCAAGUCACGUCAGCACCGCGUUCCGACACUUCCAAGCCCGGCAGGUGUUCAGUCAUGGCCCUGCAGAACGUCUUGUGCGACCCGGACGACGACGUAGACAUGACCUCGUCGCGCUCCAGUCAUCCGCCCACGCCGCCUCACCUUGAUGCACUCAACCCUCCCGUCACACACUCUGCUCCCGUUUCUCCAGCUUCGGCUCCGCUCGAAACAUCUGCAUUUGUGCCGCGCCCAAAUCCUUCUCAUGUGGUCAUGACCACCCGGCCCCAGUUGCACACUCCUCACAUCCAGCACACGGAACCUGGCUGCAAGACAUGUCAGAUCCGCAAGAUGCCCUGUGACGAGGGGCGCCCCUCAUGUCAAAACUGCUUGCGCAUGGGCAUCCAUUGCUUGGGCUACUUCACUCCGAGUCAUGCGAACGCCCAGCAGGUCUCGGACCGUUCCGUACCUAGCGUUAGUGCCAACGCCAAACGCCAGGACCAAGAAGAGUAUCUCUUCUUUCUCCUCGACCACUACCGGCACACCAAGCGCCACUGCAUGUGGGAGCUCAUCACUCUUGAUUUUAACGAGCACUUCUCCUGUAAUAUGCGUAAAGAGGCCCUACAGAUGAUUAAGCGUCGACGUUUCAAGGACAAAGACACUCGGGAGGCUUCGCCUAAUGAUGCCUCGAGCAGCACGCAACGCCCCAAGGCCAGGAGAGGACGACGGCCGCGAUCGAGCGCCCCUUCCCUCCAGCCAAUGCCGCAGGAGGCCGACAACGAAUCCAGCACAGGAUGA